CCUCGAUCGAUUUGAAAUCGGGCGGUAUUUGACGCCAUCCGGCGGCGGCGCUGUUCAGUCUCCUGCACCGCAAAUCUCACCGACAUGACCACCGCGGACGCAAGCAAGCAGUUCUCGGAGCAAGACAUCCCCGACAUGGCCAGCAAGAUCGCCAUCGUUACGGGCGGUACUUCAGGCAUCGGAUAUGCCAUCGCACUGCAGCUCGCCAAGGCCGGGGCCAACGUCAUCAUUACCGCUAGAAACGACGAGAAGGGCCAAAAGUCCGUCGCCGACAUCAAGACUGAGCUCGGAGCCGCUGCAAAGAUCUCCUACAGCAUCAUGAACAACGAAGACCUGUUCUCGGUCGAGUCCUUUGCCAGAUCGUUCGGCGAAGUUCAUGAGACACUCGACAUCCUGGUCAACAACGCCGGCAUCGGCAUGCCUCCGUGGAGAUCCAUCAAUGGCAUUGAGUCCCAGAUCAUGGUCAACUACCUCUCGCACUUCCACCUCACCAACCUGCUCCUGCCCAAGCUUCGAAAGGCUGGCGAGCUUCACGGUGACGCACGCAUCGUCAACGUCUCGAGCGUUGGUCACCGCUAUGCAAAGCCAUCCAGUCUCAACCCCAAUGUGCCGGGUUGGGAGGAGGCCAAUGAUGAAGCCACCUACGAAUCCAAUGUCAACUAUGGCUUCAGCAAGCUCGGGCAGAUCCACCAAGCCACCGUCCUGACCAAGCAGCUGGGGUCGACCAGUAACGUCCGGAUCAACUCUUGCCAUCCAGGAUCCAUCCGGACCAACAUUGCUGGCCCAGACAAGGUCAUUUCGGGCUCGGUCGGCCAUUCCAUCGCAAAGUACCUCAACAGCCACGGCGCCUCCAGCGACUGGGGCGCUCUCACGCCCCUGUAUCUCGCAACCUCGCCCGAGAUUGUCGACAACGACAUUCGUGGAAAGUACUUUGUCCCAAUCGCCGUCGAGGAAGAGCCCACUCCCCUCGCAAAGAGCGAAGAGGGCGCGAUCUGGACCUGGGCCUGGUCCGAAGCGGCUGUUGCACGUCUCCUUCAACAGUAGAGACAACCACAAUCAGAAUCGGUAACGGCACCAUCAUUGUCCUGUCAAAGUGACUGUCCCCGGCGGUGCAGGGUGUGCAUCACGGAGACAUUGUGCGAGCCGUGGUAGAUUGGAUCUCUCGAGACUCCCCGCUCCUGUGCUGACUUGAUACGGGCUCCGUGAAUGGAGACCUCGGUUGCGACUUUGCGAGUGUAUGUUGACCAAAUACAUCUUUGCCCUAAGCGUCUACCCAAGCA